UCGAUAUCUCGACAUAUACAAGUACAGUAUUGAGAGAAAAAAAUUUGCGAAAAAUAAAGUUAAGAAGUUCGUAAAAAGAUACGAUUUUGUAGUAAAACUGGCAUUAAGCUCCACGUGUGUUGUUGCAGCCGAAUCGGAAAGCGAGCGUUGCACUUUCAAUAAAAAGCCUCGUUGGUACUAAGCCGCGACUAUCUGUGCGCGGUGCGUGUAUUUUUUUGGUUGCGAUGCUAUUUUGCCACCAAUUGUUAUUACGUGACCUCAAGAACGCCGCACAUUCCUGGUAACUCCUCUUCGUUCUUCCAUGCAGCUCGGAGAAUCCGAUAUACCGUAGGCGAACAACAGUGAUUUUAAGUGGCCGCCAUGCCAUUGGCAUUUCAUGUGCUCGAGUGCGACGCUAAAAUCGAAUUACACGGAAGUAAGGGCCAUCGCCUGAGAUGUUAACGGGCUUGCCGGCGGCGGGAAUCAGCGAGUGCAUAAAUUAGGAAACCUAAGGGCAGCCAAGGUAGCCAUGUCGGGCGGACGCGACAGCAGCGCCAGCAACUCCGCCUCGGCUGGAACGAGUGCCCCAGCUUCGUCUUCGGCCACCGCCACCUCGCCCGCGUCCGCGCAACGGCAACGGGGUCGUCCUGCUAAGCGGGCCACCUGUACAUGGUGCGGCGAGGGCAAGCUGCCGCUGCAGUACGUCCUACCCACGCAGACCGGCAAGAAGGAGUUCUGCUCAGAGACCUGCAUCGCCGAGUUCCGCAAGGCGUACAGCAAGGGGGCGUGCACGCAAUGCGACAACGUGAUUCGCGACGGGGCGCCCAACAAGGAGUUCUGCUCGAUCAUGUGCAUGAACAAGCACCAAAAGAAGAAUUCCUCCACUAGGCACAGUGGCGGCUCGGCAACCGGCAAAGGACUGCCGGAAAACGAGCGCAAGCUACUAGCUAGCGGAGCACCCGCCCCCACAGGUCCCUUCCAAUACGAGAGCUUUCACGUUUUUGACUGGGAUGCCUACCUGGAGGAAACGGGUAGCGAAGCUGCUCCAGCAGAAUGUUUCAAACAAGCUCAGAAUCCUCCCAACAAUGACUUUAAAAUCGGCAUGAAGCUGGAGGCCCUGGAUCCGCGCAACGUCACUUCUACCUGCAUCGCCACAGUGGUUGGUGUGCUGGGCUCCCGACUGCGACUGCGCUUGGACGGAAGUGACUCGCAAAACGACUUCUGGCGGCUGGUGGACUCCACAGAAAUCCAUGCGAUUGGCCACUGCGAGAAGAACGGUGGCAUGUUGCAGCCGCCACUAGGAUUCCGCAUGAACGCCUCCAGCUGGCCCGGCUACCUAUGCAAGAUUCUUAAUAAUGCCAUGGUAGCGCCGGAAGAGAUCUUUCAGCCAGAGCCGCUGUCGCCGGAGGAGAACCUGUUCAAGGUGGGUCAGAAGCUAGAAGCUGUCGACAAGAAGAAUCCGCAGCUCAUCUGCUGUGCCACCGUGGACGCCAUUAAGGACGACCAGAUCCACGUAACCUUCGACGGGUGGCGAGGUGCCUUCGACUAUUGGUGCAACUACCGGUCGCGAGAUAUUUUUCCAGCCGGCUGGUGUGCGCGUAGUUGCCACCCAAUGCAGCCACCGGGGCACAAGUCGCGCAUGGAAUCCAGUAACAGCAAGCAGCGGUGCACGCGCCCGCGCUACACCUUGGUAGCCGAAUCCGAGGCCAUGGUACCCGCCUCUCCCGCCACGGCCCACUUCCAUCCGAACUGCAAGGGCGGUCCGUUUAUCAACAAUUCCAAACUACCAUGCAUGGUAACUGGACCAACGUACCAAACGCUGGCCAAGCUCUGCCUCCAGGAGGUUCUGGCCGCCAGCACGGAUACCCAGCAGCUAUCCAAGCUGCUAUUUGCCUUGGAAGGAGACGUUCACAUUGUGACCGCAGCUGGAAAGAAUUUUACAGUUAAAAUACCAUCGCCGUUGCGCAUGAAGGAUGACGAGAGCCUGGCCCAGUUCAUCGAGACAUUGUGUACUACAUGCCGGGCAUGUGCGAAUCUCAUCUCGCUUGUCCACGAGACGGAGGAGUGCAAGAAAUGCGCCAACAGCCGCAAGCGACAGCUGACCCAAUCGGCAACUCCGCCUUCUUCGCCAGUGCUCGCCGACAAACGAAAUCGUCAGUCCAAUUCGGCAACAACUCCGCCCUCAGAGAAGACGAUUGUCAAGGUAGAAGCAGGCAUCAAGUCGCCUGAGGAGAGUAAGACCAAGGCAUCGACGAACAAUGGCAAGGAUGCAGCAAACCACCAGAACAGUCAUAGUUUCAACAACAACAACAGUAUGAACAGUAGCAACAAGACCAGCGGCAAGGUGGUUAUAAAGACCGAACCAAACGGAGUAACAACUGUCCCAUCGUCCUCCACGACGCAGGCUCUGCGCAAAGUGCGCUUCCAACACCACGGGAACAGCAAUAGUAUUGUGGCCAAUGGAACUGCAGACGUUAGCCAGACUCCGGUGGUUGCCACCAGCCAUUGCAGCACCUCGUCUACUUCCUCCAGUUCAAGCCUGGCAGGGGGAACGGCCAAUACCAGCACGAUUGGGAAAUACCUAGCACCACUGGUAGCGGAAGUGCAUCCAGAGCAGGUCAAUAUAAAGUCCUCAAGCAACAGUUACUACAAGAGCCCGACGACGCUUUCGUCGAGUGCCUCGUUGCCGACCUCUGUGUCCACGCCAUUUACGGGCUGCCAGUCAGCCUCGUCCACUGCACUGGCUGCAGGAGGAGUGACUGCGGCGAAGGCGGCUACCGCGCCGGCCGGCGCAUCUGCUGCUGCUUCCACGAGCUAUACAGCGAUCACCUCACCUCUGAGCACACCCACACCGGCAUCGGCGAACUCGCAAAUGCGGGCGCAGCCUAUCGACUGGUCCAUCGAAGAAGUUAUCCAGUACAUAGAGAGCAACGACAACUCCCUCGCAGUGCACGGUGAUCUCUUCAGAAAACAUGAAAUCGAUGGUAAAGCUUUAUUACUACUAAAUUCAGAGAUGAUGAUGAAGUACAUGGGCCUGAAGCUGGGACCAGCCUUAAAAAUCUGCAAUUUAGUCAAUAAGGUUAACGGUCGUCGAAAUAAUCUGGCGCUUUAAACGGUACCCCAAGUUGCAAGCAUUGGACUUGUCUUACAUAGAAGUUGUUAACAAAUUAGUACCUCUCCCUUACGUGAAAGCAAACAUAAAACAUGAAUGAAUCGUAUUCAUAUAAAUAUGUUGCGUUUGCCAUUCAAGAUGAAUACGAAAAGAACACUCAGCCCUUUUUAUUAUAUUGAUAAUAUGUAUGAAACAGACGCGCAAAACGAAAAAUCAACGUAAAUUCAUGAGCCACACCCCCAUUUAAGACGGUCAUAACAAAAUUAUAGACAGCCACGAAGCCGGUUUUCAAAGAAGCGUUAAUAUAUUUUCUUUCUCAUUUUUUGUGUCGGAUUAAAAUCGCCUUAGAAGUAGGUACCUAAUACGCGUAUGAAUUUUACUUUACCUUUUAAGAAAAGCCCCUUUCCAUUAUAAUUUCUACGAAUUUAGUGGAGACUCUAAGCUAAAAAUUAAUUUCCACGUUACCCAGUUAAAAAGUAUACGUACAUUUAUUACUCGAUUUUCGGGCCCGAAUCAUGUAUUACUAAGGAGGUAUAAGACAUUCGCAUGGGAAUUUAUUAUCUCUUUUGAAAACCGGAGCUUGGCUACCAAAAUACAAUGCACAUACAUGAUAUUUAUUACACACAAACACGCCCAUUUAGGCACAAAACCUAACCAACGCAAAACAAAUGAUAUUUAACACUAGAAUGUAGACGACAAGUAGCAAACAAAACAAAUAUACAUAUAGAGUAAAUGUACAUAUUUUACAUAUAAUUUUGUAAUUAUGUAUCUAUUUCGUUUUCUAACUAUAAUAACCAUAUUUAAAACUGGCCGAAUGUAUCAUUUUGCAACUAAGUUACGCAAAUGGAGUAUAAUUUGUUAGUCUUUAGUUAAAUAAACGCAUCAGACUUAAGUAACUUCGAAACAUAAGAAACGCUUCCUUUCAAAGUUUUGCAAUAUAUGUAUGCGAUAUAAAGAGUAACAUUCGAUCGUGUAUAACUACUGCGUUAAGUCUCAUUACGUUUACCAACAACCACUUACAAAUACAAGACACGAAUAGAGCAAACUGUAUAUACCAUUGCGUAAUAAAUACAUUACGAUUUGUUCUAUUUUCAA